CCCCGUUGUGACGUCACAAACCCAUGGCCUUGCCCUCUCUUUUUUUUACCCUGGCUCCUCCCGUCGCUCCCACCCAGGGGCGGGGCAUUGCGAUGAAGCAGGGGCAGGGGUCUCUGUCCGCCCUUGGUGGAGCAGGUGAGGCGGGUCCAGGUGGGAUGGCAGAACGCCCCCUGGUUCCAGCCCAUCCCCAUGGCCGUCUUGGGCGGCUCCAACGACACCUCCUGAGCGGCGAGUUCGACCAGCUGCGGGACUUCCCCAUCUUUGAGAGUAACUUCGUGCAGGUGACUCGGUUUGGAGAAGUGGCCAACAAGGUUACCAUGGGGGUGGCAGCCUCCAGUCCAGCCCUGGAACUCCCUGACCUGUUGCUGCUAGCUGGUCCUGCCAAGGAGAACGGUCGCCUGCAGCUCCUCGGGCUGUUCCCCCUGCAGUUCGUGCAGCUCUUCGUCCACGACGAGAGCCGCCUGCAGCUCAAGGUCAAGUUCCGCACCGGCCGCGCCUUCUACCUGCAGCUGAGGGCCCCGCCCGAGACCCGCGAGCGCGAGUUUGGCCAGUGGGUGCGGCUGCUCUACCGCCUGCGCUUCCACUCGGCCCAGGUCGCAGUGCCCUUCACGCUGGAGGACUCGGUGCUGGACAGUGAGGACGAUGACGAUGAUGAUGACGACGAUGAGGAGCUGCUGCCGCCUGAGGAGGUGGGGCUCCAAGCAAUAGAAGCCAGACUGGACCCUCAGGCCUCUGAACUCUGGGGACUCUGAUUCUGUCAGCAUCCCUCACGGUCCCCCCCAAAGGACCAGAGAUGAAAGCAGCUGACCUCAGGGCAGACAGAUGAAUUAUUAAAGUUAAUAAAGAUCCGGCACUUAAUCAA